CGUGAUGGAUGGUUGACGGUGGAUGGGACUUUGGUUCCCCUCUAUUGCAGACCUGGACAUUUUGGGAACACUUUCUAUAAUCGCAAGUCGAACUAUUCAUUGAACGUACAGGUAUGUCUUUACUCCCUUGUUUUUCUACCACCCAUCUCAUGA